GAGAGACGCGCCGCGGCGCCAUCACCACAACAACAGAGUGUGGCUCGGUGCAGCUUGAUAGACGAGUCUGAACAACGUCGCGGCAUCGCAUCCACUGAGAUCUCCGACACCGCAGCGGGCCUCUGCGUGGAGCCUCAGACGUUCAUCUGCAGCGUGUAGCUCACAACAGGCGGCCGAGUAUCUCAUUAAGGACGGGGGAGACCCAUCGGUUGUGUCAUCAUUCGCCAGCGUCAGUGCGUGAGAGCGUCACAUCGGUGGGUGCGUCAGGAUGUAUCGCAUCAAGGUUGGCUUCUCGCGCGGCAAUCUGCGUUGGAUGCUGAUUGAUCCCAACAUUACGUGGGAGGAUUUUAAGAGGGAGGCACUGAGGAAACUGACGGGACCCAUGACAAAGCUGGACACCAGGUAGGUGCUGGUCAAAUGGGAACACACAGAGGGAGGCAGGCAGGCAGGGAGAGGGGGCCGUGGAGGGGGUGGGCGAUGGAUGCAAGAAGGCCGUGGGUGGGUGCAGAGAGGGAUGCAUGGGUGUUGGCUGUCUGCACGAGACAGAGUGGCGUCUCCCGUGUGUGGACGUGUUGAUGUAUGUGUUUGUGUGUUGCCAUGCCAUGCAGGCUGUUGACAGCUCAUUGCGAUGGCGCUGCCGUUGACGAGAUAUCAUUGCUCCGGGAAGGUCAGUCGAUCCUAACUAACAGUGCACCCGUCGUGCACGUCACAGGGCUGUGCGUCGGUCGUUUCAUUUAGGUGAUGAAGUGAUCUUGCAAACCCCAGAGGUGAGUGCCUGAGCGCACACACCACACACCACACACACAGACACGCUCAUCUGAUCUCAUCUCUCCCUGUGUUGCUUGUGUUCCCCUUGGUUGGUUGAUUCAUUCGUUCAGUACAAGGAGGAGCAUGACGACCUGACCGAGAGCACCAAGCACCCAGCGUCCGACUCGCUCGGCAACGUGCAGCAGUCGAGCGACAACCUGGACGGCAUGGAGGGGCCCGACACCGACAGGCAGCGCAACGCCGGGAUGCUCACCUCGCCGGAGAGGAAACGCAUUCUCGUCACUUACGAGGUCAGUCGGGCCUCCCAAUAGAGAGAGUGGGGGGAGGGGUCUGUCUAUCCAAUUGGAUAUCACUCAUUGUAUGUAUGUGUGUAUGUGUUUAUGUGUUUGCGUGUAACAAUGAUAGGCUGAGGACGAUGGUUCGCAAGUGACUGUGCGCAAGGGCGACAUCGUUCAAGUCUACAUUUACGAGGACUCGGGAUGGGCAUACGGAGAGUAAGGCAGACAGACAGACAGACAGACCAUCACACACUCAUCGAGGGGAGGGAGGGAGGGAGGGAGGGACACACUCACUUCGAUCACAUUUAACUCGUUGCCUGUCUGUCUGUCUGUGUGCAGGACCCCAUCCGGCCUCCGUGGCUGGUUCCCCAAGCACUGCAUCGCCGACCUCGCCACCCCGCCCCGCGUCCUAGACCCAUCGCAGCCCCAUCCACACCCACACGGGCAACACCAACCCCCAGCCCCACAGAUACUCACACAAGACAAGCCCGGUCCCCGCUCCCCACAGAUCAUCCAUGCCCUCGCCCGCGUCAACCAGCACCAGCAGCCCAACCCAUUCUUGCACGACCAGCAGGACCACGGCCUCUACAACCGACAGCCGCCAUACGGUCAGCACCCGCACCAGCAGCACCAGCACCAGCAGCAGUCCAACGGCAUGCAGCAGAACGCAUUCGGCGGCCCACCACCACACGCACAGGGUGGCGGAGGAGGCGGGAUGGGCCGCGGGAGGGGCGGGCCCAUCCCCAUCCCAUUCAACGCAUCCGCGCGCCCCAACAUGGGCCGGAGUGGGAGCGGUGGGGCUGGCCCUGGCCCAGGGGGUCCGCAGGGCGGGGUCUUCCCUGGCCGCGGCGGUCCUGGCGGUCCUGGUGGGCCGCAGCCUGUGCGAGGCGGUCCGUGGGAGCGGCCGCCCGCCAGAUGGGGCAGCGAGAGGGGCCAGGCGGCUGGAGGGGGUGGGGGUGGGGGCGGGCCAGGCAUGAGGCCGCCUAUGGGAGGAGGAGGCCCAAGGGGACCCAGACCACCACCCCCAAAUGACGGUACGCUGAGACAGAGAGAGAGACAGAGAGAGAGAGAGCGUGAACCUUUCGCUUCGUCUGUGCAUCCAUAUCCAUCUGUCUGUCUGUCUGUCUGUGAUAUCCUUCAUGUCUGAGCAGGGUGGGGCCCUCGUGGCGGCCAGCGUCCGAUGUCGUUCGGCCGCCAGAAUGUGUCCGAUCAGUCCGACGCAUCACCCUACCAUGACACCCGCCGCGGAACCCCCAACACCGUCUCGCGCUACUUCGACCGACAUGACGACCGCGAGAGGGACGACACUGGCGGCCCUCGACGGCCGCCGGGGGGUGGGCCGGGGGGCGUGCGGGGCCCUGGGCGCCCUCCCGCCAACAAUGGUGGGUUCGGUGCUUUUGAAAGGAGGGAGCCGAUCCUGAACGAGCGGCACUUUUGCACCCAGUGCCACAAGACCGAGAUGGAAAUCGGACGCGUGAUGGAGGUCAGUGCGUCCGUGGAUGGGAUGGAUCUGCGGGUGGGUGCGGUGCGCGAAUGGAAUGGGGGGAGAUAUAUAUACAACGCAAUUGGCCCCGCGUCUCUGUGUGAUGUGCCUUGCAGCAGUGUGAGGGCUGCGGCUAUGCGAGGUACUGCAGCAAGGCGUGCAACCAGAAAGACGCGCAGCGGCACACCGAGUCGGGCGAAUGCGAGAAGUUCAGGCGCGCGGUGAGAAAUAUAGGCCACCCCACCUCAGCCCAUCAGCUCAUCUGCGUGUCUGUCUGUGUCGACAUACACUGUCGGUGUUUGGAUCAGAGGGAGCAGUUCAACGCCACGACAGAGUAUCGUGGCCCUCGUGGCGGCAGCACUAACUCAGGCAGCUUCCGUGGAGGAGGAGGAGGAGGAGGAGGAGGACGGUAAGCCAACACCACAACACACACCAUCCAUCCCAGACCCAACAACACCCCUCUCCCUCUGCCCCUACAUCCAUCUAGGUCGUCAUUCCCGUCCUCCGACGGCGGCCGCCACUUCGCCGCGUCGAGCACGUCCCGGUACCCGCCCCGGCCGCCAGGUCAGCGGUACAUCCCACUCGACAGCCCGCCCUCGCGGCCCAAAGGCAACCGGUCGCUGCACCGCGACCCUGGUGCGGGCCGCAUGGCGUCCAUCUGGCCCGAUGAGCUGGAGGAGCAGGACCAGAAGGAUAACACCAAGGACAGCGACAGUGCGGCGGUGGCGGAGAAUGGAAACAAAGAUAAGGACAAGGCCAAGGACGGCAAGAAGGACGGCAAGAAGGACAGCAGCGGCGGCAGCGGCAGCAGCAGCAGCAGCAGCAACGCGACGGCAGACAAAGCGGGUGGUGCUGGGGGUGGCGGUGGUGCGGGCAAGGAUGAUGCCUCAGAGGGAGGCAAGAAGGCGUCGGCGUCUGGGGGCACGGAGGGGGACAAGAAUUAGUGACUGAGGGAAGAUGGACGGACGGACGCAAUGCCUAUUUGUACCUACCUGAUCGUGGGGUGGGUGGGUGGGCUGGCGCGUGCAACCGUGCCUCUGACACGGGGAGGGGGAGGGGGGGAACAAGGGCGGGGGGGGGUGCUCUUUGUGUGCUGCUUGGGCGUCUCUUCCUCGGUUCGCGAGUCAGGCGAUGGCCACCUCACACCGAGACGGCUUUUCGCUCACAACUUAUGAGGGAAAGGUCGUUUGGGAGGGCAAUGCCAUCGUCGCGCGAGCUGAGGGGAGAGCGACACGGUCGGUACUGCGUCACGGAUCACACGUGGGUGUGGGGGCUGGGAUGGGUUAAUUCGAUUCACAGGGGGUAGGUGCAUGGACGGACGUUCGGAUGGAUGGAUGCCCGCCACAUAGGCUCUCGUCUGCCUGUCGCUCUCUCUGCCUCUUGGAUCCCUCCCAUUUUUGAUGUGACGUCUGCUCGCACCUCGGCCGGCGGACCAACCAACCGACCGACUGACUAACUGACACAGACAGUCUGCUGUCUCUCGCUCCCCACUUGCAUUCCCGUCUGUCUGUCUGUCUUUCUGUAUUUGUUGAGAGCACGCCCGUCCCCCAUGCCGCCCUCCCUCCCUCCCUCCCUCCCUCUGUCGCACGCCAGCCACCACCGCUCUCCCUCUCUCUAGCCACCUAGGUAUCCUAUAGCCCAAUGCUAACUAACUGCGUGGAUGCGUGGUGGUCAUCAUCCGUGUGUGGUGUGGUUGAUUGGGAUCAGUCAAUGGUGUUUUCUGCCUUGCUUGCUUCACUUGCUGCCCGACGGUGUGGUGUGGUGUGCCGAUGGCCUGGCCCGGCCCCCCUGCUUGCGGCCCGGAUAGCUAGCCCCUGAGGUCUAGCCUGCGUGGGUGGCCACGUAGUGUGAGUCUCCCUCUCUCUCUCUCUGUCUCUCUCUCUCUCUCUCGCUCUGUGUGUGUGUGUGUGUGUGUGUGUGGCGAGAGUAUCUGUGGAGUGUCUUGUCUGUCUGUCUGUCGCUGCGUGUGCGUGUUGGUGCGUGUUUGUCCAUUGAUUGAUUGAUGGCUCGUGCUCGUGUGUGGUGGUGAUGUGAUGGUCAGUCAUUGUCUUUGUUGGUUGACUGGAUGGUUGGGCGGGCUGUGGUGGGUGGCUGGGUCCAACACCACUCACUCCCCACCCAUCCAUCCAUCCACUCAGCCAUUGGUUCAUUGCACUGUUUUUGCUCGGCUCAUCACUCUCUAGUGCAGUGCUGGCAAACCUUUCCUCUGACUCACUGACGGUGGAUCCAUCGGUGGGAGGGAUGCAUCCACACACACCUAUCUGCAUGCCUGCCUGUCUGCCCGCCUCUGUGUGUGUGUGUGUGUGUGUGUGUGUGUGUCGGUGCGGCCAUCCGUGACGGUGGCAUGACGGGCGGAGAGGCGUGCAGAUCAGAUGGACGUGUAGGCUGCCAGAGAGCACAUUCCAUUCAUUAUUCCUUGUGUGUGGGUGUAAGAUAAAGGACCGGCUCAUCAGACACACACACACACAUACAACAUGGGACGCAGUGAGUGUGCUGCUGUGAGUGAGGAGGAUGUGGUAUGUGGCAUGAGUGAGUCAAUGCAUGAAGAAUGAAAGCUCGAUAGCUCGCUCAUUCACGAAAUUCGCAAACCCUACGCACGCAUAAUUAGGGGUCAGCUGAGCACUUUAUCGCUCCCCCCGCCCCCCUGCAUUGGGGAAAAGCCUCCCGGUCGCAGGGUUCCAAACCCUGCGAGCUUAGACGUGCUGGAAGGAAAGGGAGGCGCCCAAAGCGCACAGAUCCCAACAGAGAGGCUCACAGGAAGGCCAUGCACGCAGCCAGGAGCAGCCAGAAGGUUAAAUCUCUGCUGCUGACGUGCCUUUGUGUGUGUCUGUGUCAGAGAUGGGCGUGUUGCGCCAAGGGGAGUGCCCCUGUCCUGGUGACGCACAACAAACUUACCAUCAUCUGUAUUUCAAGAAGGUCAUUAUAUACCAACACACGGUCUCCUGGGAUGCUGUCCUUGGUUUGCUUGAGCCGUAAUUGUGUCUGUAUUGGUCAGAUGCUCCGCUUAAUUGCACCAGGGAGUGGAUGGGAUGGAUGCAUUGCCGCCCUUUAGAUGUCACCGUGUUGGGCGAGGACAUAGGUCCCUGGUGCCAGAGGUUCAAGGGCUCACGGUGACGUCACACGAGGAGGAAGGCACAUAUAUUCCGAAUGCUUGGUGCUGUGUGUGACGUGCUGCGACCCAUGCGGCUCGACGAGGAAUGCUUUUCCUUAGGCAUUUUGCAGGUCAUUAUGUCCGCCAGCGAGAGGGCUUUACGGUGGUGUGGGCCGCGGGACUUUUGGAGCAAUAGCGGAACUUUCUAGAGGGCAUUUGUUUCUGUGGGCAUAAGGCUGAGCAUCUGGAGGGAGUCAGGGGGACCUUGCCGCCCCUACAAAAGUUCCGCCCGCCUCUCUGCUGCCCUACAAAAGUUCCGCCAGCCUCUCUGCUGCCCUCUGCUGCCCUUCAAAAGUACCGCCAGCCUCUCAGCCGGUCUUUAUCUCAUCGCUGAGGGUGCUGCUGCCGUCAGACAGCACUCACAAGGAGCAUGGCUCGUGCAUUGGGAUGCGCUGCUGCUGAUAUGCGGCCGUGUGCGUGUGUGCUGCGCUUCAAUGGCCGGCUGCAUCGACAGCCGCUUAGGUGUGCCAAGCAGACAGAGCGAGGGCGGAUAUUUCUGUGUGUGGCCAAUCUCUCUCUCUCUCUCUCUGUGUGUGUGUGUGUGUGUGGGUGUGUGGACGCGUGGAAACCUCUGACCAUUCUGCUGCUCGGCGGGUGAAGAUACUGAACUGAUUCCGACACAUUGCCGGCAUGGCUGUGUGCAUUCACGCACUCAUGUGUUUGGCUGGCCUCCCUGCUGCUGCACACACACACACACGUGUGUUUCUCUUGUGUGUGUGCAGCACCAGCAGCAGCAGCAGUGGAUGGCAACGGACGGAUCUGCC